CAGAGUAUCUGUGGGCUUAUUUCUAUUGGCAGAAGGCCCUAAGGACCUCACGGAAAGAGUAGAGAGAAGCGAGGGAAAACACUCGCAAGCUGUUUAAAUAUGUCUGCUGCAGCCGGUGGUGGUGGUGGUGGUGGUGGUGGUGGUGGUGGUGGUGGCGCUGGUGUCGGUGCUCCGGAGGAAGACAAGAAGCCUAUGGAUCAGUCCGCUCACAUUAAUCUCAAAGUCAAAGGCCAGCUUAGGGAAUGUGGGUUUGCCAAUGAUGGCUUCUCCAGUGUUGAUCAGCUAUUGUGGUUGCCUUUUACAUCAAUAUUCAAGAUUGGAAUUGUCUUGUUAGAAGCGCAGGAUGGCAAUGAGGUGUUUUUCAGGAUCAAGCGAAGCACCCAGCUGCGCAAGCUAAUGACCGCUUACUGUGACAGACAGUCGGUGGAGUUUAACUCCAUUGCAUUUUUAUUUGAUGGUCGCAGACUGCGAGGAGAACAGACUCCUGAUGAGCUUGAGAUGGAAGAUGGGGAUGAAAUAGAUGCAAUGCUGCACCAAACUGGAGGCGGAAAUGUAUACCCUUGAGUGCUUGUUGAGACCAAAUGGAUACAAAUAUUUUCUUAGUCUAUAUAAAUGCUAAUGUAAAUUAACUUGAAUCUGAUGCAGACGUUAAGAAGUUUUGUGUUUCUAUUUAAAUAUAUUCUGAAGGUUAUACUGUA